ACAUUUGUUCAUGCUUAAUUUUUCCGUUUGUACUCUCGCCUAAAUCGUGAUUAGGACUGCAAUAAACUGUGACAUCUAACCUACGAUACCGCAAGGGAUAAAUAUAUGUAGUGACGUCAGACCCGCGGUACCGGACAGGGCUGAUCCUCUCUGCAGGACCUGCCACUCCUCCUCCUCAGCAGCAUCAUCAUCAUCAUCUUCAUCCCAGCCUCCACACUCACAACACACUCAUAACCUUUCUUGUUGUGUUUUUGCAAAAACACACAUUGCUCCGGACCAUCAUGGGGAACGUGCAGCCCACCGUCGUCCCGUUCGAGGACUUUGAUGUUACAGCUGACAUAAAGGCCAUUCGACAAGCAUGUAAAGGUUUAGGUACGGAUGAAGAAGCCAUCAUUCAAAUCCUGGCCAAUCGCUCGGCAGCUCAACGUCUGGAGAUCAAGCAGGCUUACUUUGAAAAGUACGACGACGAGUUGGAGGAGGUCCUGAAAAAGGAGCUGACCGGCAGCUUUGAGAACGCCAUCAUGGCCAUGUUGGACCCUCCCAACGUCUACUUCGCCAAGGAGCUGGGGAAGGCCAUGAAGGGGGCGGGCACGGAUGAAGCCGUGCUGGUGGAGAUCCUGUGCACGGCCACCAACGAGGACAUUAUCAGUUACAAAGAGGCCUAUGCCCAGGUGCAUGAACGUGACCUGGAAGCUGACAUCGAAGACGACACCAGUGGCGACGUGAGGAACCUCCUGAUCUCACUCCUGCAGGCGAGCAGAGACGAGGGCUACGAGGUGGAUGAGGGCUUAGCCGAACAGGACGCCGCGUCUUUGUUUGAGGCAGGAGAAGGCAUGUUUGGCACGGAUGAGUCGACCUUCAGCUACAUCCUCACGCACAGGAACUACAUGCAGCUUCAGGCCACUUUUAAAGCCUAUGAGGCGCUAUCGGGGACCGAUAUUUUGGACACGAUUGACUCGGAGGCCACAGGAACUCUAAAGGACUGUUACGUCACUCUCGUGCGGUGCGCCAAGAACCCUCAGCUGUACUUCGCGCGACGCCUCAAUGCUGCAAUGAAGGGAGUCGGCACCGACGAGGACACGCUCAUCCGCAUGAUCGUGGGUCGCUCCGAGAUUGACCUGGAGACAGUGAAGGACAUGUACCUGGAAAAGUAUGAUGUCACCUUGAAAGACGCUCUGGAUGGCGAGUGCGGCGGGGACUUCAAACGUCUCCUCCUGGAGAUCUUGCACUGAGACACUUUUCUUCCUCUUACUAGCCUUAUUUAACAAAGUGAUGUGUCUUCCUCUCUACCUCCUCCAAGCACCUCACCCGUUUCCCUCAUACACUCUGUGUCAUUAUCACCGGUCUCUUGUCUUAACACGUACUGUACUCUUUAUUAGCUUGAUGUCCGCUGACAUAGUCUCGCGUGUCUUUGCGGCGUGGACCAAAAAGCAAAAUGUUGCCACACGUUAACUGCCAUUUAGUGCGUCUCCACUCUGAUGACAUUCAGUGGAAAGUUUCAUACUGCCGUGAAUCUACAUGGAUCCAGCAACUAGCUUUUGGCAACUUUGAAGGAGAAUAGGAACUUUAAUAUAUUUACAUAAACUAUACAUACCAUUCAUGUAUUCGUAAGUACUGUCUGUGUCGUUUGCAGUUUAAACACAACAAACUGUCUCACCAUCUGUGUAAAAAAAAAAAAAACUAGCUGCAUUAUAAACGUAGCGCAUUUUGCCUCAAAGAUGUCUUUCAUAGGCACGCACCUUAAUUUCUGCCGCAACACUUAACACUUGAGUGUCGACUGGCCACAUGAAAUCAGCAGUAACUUCAGUAACUGUUUAGCUGCACAGUUUUGUUAAUUCCCUGUCAAGUUUUAAGCCCUCUUUAAUCAUAGUUAACAAAUUGCAGUCGUAUGACUUGAUUUCGCAAUGGUACACAAUGACAAUUUUCAUAUUGUUGCUCACUUUCUAAUUUGAGGCACUCACAACACUAGAGAAUUUGUGCUUUUAGGAUGGUUGGACACUGCUGGUAAGGCAACACUGAACAAGACAAUUGCGCUCACUGAAGUCUAUGUAUGCAAGCGUAUGUUAUUCAAAUGAAAGUGGCUACUGUAAUAAGACUGUGUCACGGUGUAUUCUAUUGACAUGGAAAGUGUAAUACAGAAAUUAAAACGGAGCUAAGUAUCUCAA